UGACUUUCCUUUAUCUACUAUAUUGACUACUGCGGUCGUUCAGGUAAGAUUUUGAUGCGCCUUUCUCGGUCUGACUCUCUGUCCGUAUUCUUCUUCCAUUUAGAUUCUCAGGUGAAAACCCUAAUGCUUUCUCCCGCCCCUCUGACUCGUGUUCUAUGUUGUUGUGGUUGACGGCCUCCGCUCGCUUGACUCAACAUCCAGUGUUUAAUGAGAUUAAGUGAAAAUGGAUUAUACAAGCCAAGAAAUGGACUUGGACUCUUUCUCAACUGGGGUCUUUGAGUUACCUGGAGAGCCUGCUGUUGUUGUUAAUGGAUUGCCUCCCCUUCCUCCGAAUGACGGAAACCUUGUCCCCUGCCCUGCAAUAACUGAUACGGAAUUGCAUAGAGAUGAAGGUUUUGGACAAUGGUUGGAAGGAAGAGAAGUUCGGAAGUUCUUUGGGGACCAGUUUUACAUUGGCAAAGUUCUCAAAUAUGAUGUGGAAACGCAUUGGUAUAAAGUGGUGUAUGAAGAUGGUGAUUCUGAAGAACUUGAUUGGCAGGAACUAAAAGAGAUUCUUCUGCCCUUGGAUAUAGAUAUUCCGUUAAAGACACUGGCAAUGAAGACCGCAAAGAGUACACAGAAACAUGCUCAGAAUUCUGGAAAAACUGAUAUUACAUAUACAGAAACGGGGCUUCUUGAAAGCGGUCAGAUUAACCAUUCUUAGUUGGUGCAUUAAUUGUAGAGUAUGCGACUCUUGAAACAUACUUACUACUUUUCAGUACAAAUCAGGCAUUUAGAAUACUAAAACAUCCUGCUGGUCAUCGUCUUUUAUUGCAACUCUUCUGUGCACCAAAUGUACUCUUCCCGCCCCCCAUACCCAAUGUUUUAUAAAUACUGUUGACAUCAUUUACCAGCAGAAUGUUUUGCUUAAAACUCAUCUGUACAUGCAAUUUACUUGGAUUAAUGCCAUAUAUGGUCACAUUGAUUUCUUGUGUA